AUGCCUAAGAGAAAAGCAACACAUGCACAUGUUGGCCCAGCACGUGUCGAUAGGCCAAAGCGGAAGCAGGCGACAACGCCGGCACCAGCAAAGCCUCCGGUCCCAGCGCUCGGCCUCACCGACGAUCAACUUCGUCACUUAGCUAAGGAAGUUGCCUCGAGGUUUGAGUCAAGAAUCGGUGCCCCCUCAGCAGGCAACACCCCCUCGAUGGUUAACAUCCCCACAAUGGAUAACAUCCCCGCAAACCUAAGUGACCCCUUUGAGCCAGAGCCAGAGCCAGAUCUGCAGGCACCCAGCAGGCACUGCGACCACAAGCACCGGGAACAGCCCCCAGUCGCAUGCCAGCCACAACCACCAAGCCACUUAGACACCCUUUAUAUUGCCGCUACCCCAAUAGAUGUUAAUAAAUUACGAGAACUUUUACUAACAACCAAGAAAGUUAGGAACAUAACUAACUACCUGGCUCUAAUCUCUGCAAGACAAGGAUACCUCAAUAGCACAGUGACUACCGCUUAA